UUUGUCAGUCGUUUCAGUGACGGGUUCAGGUGCGGCAGUUGCGCGCGCCAUCGGCCAGCGCUCGUUAAACGGUCAGAGGCGGCCACGCUACGUGCCACGCUCUUCAGUACGCGCGGCACAGCUCAUCCAGAUUUCCGCAAAGUGCCUCAGCUCGUCGUCCAAUCAUUGAUUAGGCAGCACACAGCUCGCAUGAUUCAACCGUUAGUCACAACGCAAAGAAAUUGAACUAAAUUCAUCUAGCGAGCAAGUUUCUAAAAGUAAAACUCUACUUGUGUGUGUGCGUGUGUAUCUGUGUUUGUUGAUAAGCAGCGCGCGCUUGUGUGUGUGUGUGUGUGUGUGUUUGCAUACAUAUAUUUACUGGCCGUUGUUAUACAAGCACUAAACGUUAUAAUUAGCGGCCGUCGUCAUGAAGCUGCUGCUGAAAGUACAUUCCGAGGCGCGUCAUCGUCGGACGCCCGAGCGCAACUACACAGCGCCCCCAGCGCCAAGAAUCAGCAGCAACAGCCGCAACAGCAGCAACAACAGCAACAACAGCUCGACCAGCAGCGAGGGGGCUGCGCCGAAGCGUAGGCGUGGCAGCUCGAAGGCUCGCCGCUUCACACGCAACUCCAUACUGCUGAGCCUGCUCGUCGUCCUGGUGGUGGCCAUGGCCCUUGUCAUCGUGUUCUUGGAGCUGAGCCGCACGCGCAACGAGCUGGGCCAGAAGUCGAUCUACUUUGGCAACACCUUCGAGGACGGCACGUUUCCGAAUUUAGGAAACGGUCAUCUGGUCAUCGAGCGUGUGCAGUGGGGCGCCUCCGAUCGCAGCAAGCCACUGAAGAUACCGCUUCAGCACCCCAUUCCCUACGUGCUGAUCACGCACGUGGGCGUCCAGUCCACACCCUGCGUCAAUCUCUACAAGUGCUCCAUCAAAAUGCGCACCAUACAGGACUCGGCGAUAGCGGAGAAGAGCCUGCCGGAUAUACAGUCCAACUUUUACGUCUCCGAUGAGGGCAACAUAUAUGUGGGUCGCGGCUGGGACUGGGCCAACACGUAUGCGAAUCACACACUCGCCAUCACAUUUAUGGGCGACUAUGGCCGCUAUGUGCCCACACCCAAGCAGCUGGAGGGCGUGCAGUUCCUGCUGGCCCAUGCCGUGGCCAAUCGCAAAGUGGAUUUAGACUACAAGCUGGUCGCACAAAAUCAGACCAAAGUGACGAAGAGUCCGGGCGUGAAUGUCUACCGUGAGAUUAGCAAAUGGCCGCACUUCUACGGCUGCGGCAUGGACCGGGCGCCCAAGUGCGGCAGCGAGCUGGGCAUGACAAGUGCCGCCUGGAAUAGUGGCCAAUAGCUCUGUAGCCUUAAGUGAACAGUUAGGUUUAAGAACAAACACAAAGAAACACACACAGACAUUCACACAUACAUUGUUGCAUACAAGUAAACCAAAU